CUUGUGGGAGGCUUCACCAAAAGACAAAAGAGACAUGUCAGGACCAACUUGACAAACUGCAAGUCGCUUCUGGUGUGAGAGAAUUUGCCGUCUGCAAGGACGUUGCCCAGGGACUCCCGGAUGUUUUGAUGUUUUACCAUCCUUAUGGGAGACUUCUGUCAUGUCCCUUCACCAAAAGGCAAAGGUCACAUGUCAGGAGCAAGUUGACAAAAUUCAAGUCGCUUCUGGCGUGAGAGAACUGGCCGUCUGCAAGGAUGUUUUGAUGUUUUACCAUCCUUGUGGAAGGCUUCUCUUAUGUCCCUUCACCAAAAGACAAAGGUGACAUGUCAGGAGCAACUUGACAAACUGAAAGUCACUUCUGGUGUAAGAAAUUGGCCGUCUGCAGGGAGGUUGCCCAGGGGACACCCAGAUGUUUUAGCAUCCUUCUCUCAUGUCUCCCAAUGGGGAGCUGGAGCUGACAGCGGGAGCUCAUCCGCCGCUCGAACCUCCGACCUGUCGGUCUUCAGUCCUGCCGGUCAAACCCAACAGUAGAUUGGGGAAAGUAGGGUCUGCACUGACCGUUCCGUGCCAUCGCCAUCCGGGCGUCAAGAAGGACCGUGAGUUCCUCUGCCUACGCUUUCUUCAACGCAGUGUAGAUGAGGUAGCUGAGCCCCCCUCCCCCUGCCUUUGGGGAUCUUUGUAUGCCGUGGAUACUGCGCCCUCCCUGCUCCAGCCACUGCCUGUUUCGGAUGGGGGAGGUCCUCUUUCUUCUCCCUUUCCCUUCCCUCCCCCUUUGUGCGUGUUUGUCCCUCGCUCCCUGAAUCCAAUCAGGACGCCUCGGCUGGACUUUUCCGGCCAGAGGCGCCUCCUCUCUUUCUCUCUCUCUCUCUUUCUCUCUCUCUCCCUCCACUUCUGCCAGUCGGAGACCUUCAGAAACGUCGUCGUCGCAACCUCUGGGCCAAAGGACUCUCUUCUCGGACCCACGAGGAGCCCACGGCGACGCCCCGCGGAAAGAGGGUCCCGCCGGGAAGGAGGCGAGGCCUGGGCUUCUGGAUGGCCCUGGCUGAAGGCGGCUGGUGCCUCCUGAAGCGCCGCAGCCCCGACGAGGCGCCCUUUCCCUCGCUGCCGUCGCCCUCUCCUCCGUCGCCCUCCUCGUCCUCGGGCUGCUCCCCGGGCGGGGGCGGCCCCUCCAGCGCCAGGACUUUCAAGCAGGAGCCCGGGGAGGGCCUGCCGGAGGCGGGGAGGGCCUUGCUGGGCCCCUUCGUGCCCCUUCCUCCUCCCCCUCCCUCCUCCUCCUCCUCCAGCUGGGAAGACGUCAUCCUCCUCGCCGACCUCGACCAGGCCAACAAGCUGCUCUGGUCCAGCCGCGCCAAGCCCGCGCCCGACCCCCUGGAGGAUAUGUAUCACCACCAUCACCACCACCACCACCACCCUUCGCACCUCCAAAGCGGCGCCUACGACUCCUCUCCCCCCGGAGGAGGAGGAGGAGGAGGAACAGGGGCUUCUCCGUCCGUGGGAGGCGGAUUCGGGCCCCCGUCGCCGGUCUACGUGCCCACUACCCGCGUGGGACCCAUGCUGCCCUACAUGCAGAGCCCGCAAGCGCCCUCGGGAUGGCCCGCGCAAGCCGACAGCCCUUCGCCUUCCUACGGAUCCUGCGGGGGAGGGGGAGGAGCAGGGGGAGGCGGAGGAGGAGGCUCCUCCGGGCGCUUCGCCUCCUACGCCACCAGCAGCCCUCCCGCCGCCAACGGAGCCCCUCGGGACCCCUACGGAGCCGCCCGAGAGCAGCUCCGACCUCUCAACGGAGCCUACUACGGGCCCUACAUGGGCGCCCAAUUCGCCGCCGCCGCCGCCGCUGCUGCAGGACCCGGAUGGGGGAGCCCCUUCGACAGCUCCCACUUGAUCCACUUCCCUACCAGAGCUGCCCCACUCUCCGUCAGGGGCCCCGCCACCGCCGCAGAUCUUUUGGAUGAGUUGCAGGAGAGCCGGGAAUGCGUCAACUGCGGCUCCUUCCAGACCCCACUGUGGAGGAAGGAUGGUACUGGCAACUAUCUCUGCAAUGCUUGUGGGUUGUAUACCAAGAUGAAUGGCCUCAGCAGACCCCUCAUCAAGCCCCAGAAGAGAGUGCCUUCUCAGCGACGACUGGGUCUGUCCUGUGCCAACUGUCAAACUACAACCACUACCCUCUGGCGCAGGAACGCAGAAGGAGAGCCCGUGUGCAACGCCUGUGGAUUGUACAUGAAACUUCAUGGGGUCCCUCGGCCCCUUGCCAUGAAAAAGGAGGGAAUUCAAACCAGGAAACGCAAACCAAAGAACCUGUCUAAGAUAAAAUCUUGCUCGGGUAAUAAUACCAGUAAUGCUGUUCCUAUGACUCCAACUUCCACGUCUUCUACGAACUCAGAUGACUGUAGAAAAAAUGCUUCCCCAAGCGCACAACCCACGGCCUCAGGGGUGGUGUCUUCAGCAAUGUCCACUAGGGGAGAGAACGCCAGUCCGGAGACUAAUUCCCUCAAGUAUUCUGGUCAAGAAGAGCUUUAUCCAGGUGUCAGCCUGAGCUCCACUGCAGAAGUGACGGCCUCAGUGAGACAGGAGUCUUCCUGGUGUGCCAUCGCUCUUGCAUGAAUUGGCGACAAGUAAAUGGCAUUGGAGACUUGCACUGGGCAGCAGCCAUCUACACUUGUGUGGUGCAUUUUUCUCCUUUCAAGCAGUCCAAGAAGUGAUGACAAAUGAGGACAGGAACAUUCAUUGCCCUCAACGUAUCUGUGCCUUGAUUCUAGAAAUGUUUACUCCCAGUGGUCUGUGUGAUUGUCCAGCUCCUCAGCAAUGCAAGAGACUCGAAGGAGCCUGAACCACUUAUGUUCAAUCGACAAAGGAGUGCCUAUCUGCACUAUUGAUAGAUCUUCACCACAACUACCAGUACUGCCUUGUGUAAUUGUGGAUGGUGUAUUCAUUUCACUCCCACUCACCCAACAUCCAGGAUCUGACUGGUAUUGACAUGGUUUUGUAGACAAAUUAGGCUAAGCUUGCAUUCUAAAGGAUAACGCAACACAGAAGAGCUAAAUGACUGUGCAACUUGUUCCAGUGUGCGGAUCUUGGACUUCAUGGUUCGAUGUGAUCUCCUCUCACAGCUCAGUGUUCCAGCAAGUGCCUUCUGCUCACCACAUGGCCUUAUUGUUUCUCAGUAGCUUUUCUCAAGUGGAAUUCCAAUGAAGGCCAAUGAAGGAAAUCACAUUCGGUACACCUUUCUCAAGUUAGAACAUGCUAAUGAGAACAUGCUAUAAAAUACAUGUGUUUUUGGUGUUGACAUAUACUGUGAUGGAGGAGGAUAAAUGUUUCUACAUUGUGACUGAACAGUCAGAAUUUACUAAACAGGGUAGCAUUCAGAAUUUCACCCCCUUCCAUUGAUACAAUAAUUUUGGUUUUUAUAUAAGUGCAAUUUGUGUUGCAGCAAUCAGUGUUAAAUCAUAAGCAGAAGAUUUAACAGCAGUUUUUAUAUGAAUGAAUGGAAUGAAUGUAAACCUUUUAACUUAAUGGUACGUAAAUAAUUUAAUAGAGAAAAGUUAACCAGGCAUCCUGAUAGGGUUUUUUUUUUAUUGCAUCAAAAUGUUCUACUUCUGUGUUUCUGAUUUUUAAAACAAAACUUCCAAGAACAAAUGUUUUCUCAGGAAAAAAAUAAUGACCCUUGUUGUCUAUCUGGUCAUAAGCUUUAUAUAGAAGUCAUCCCCACUCUCUUGCCACUGAAUAAAAUAUGUGCUAGAAAAAGUAUCAAUUGCAGUGAAACUUGACUACCUAGUGGAUAAAUGUGUAAAUACUCCAGCAGAAUUGUGAGGCAUCUUUAAAAUGUUAGGAUGUAGUCUGUAUAAUGUAACCAAGCUAUAUCUAGGUUGGUUGACAUUGAAACAAUAGCAACAAUGGGAUGUCUUGUCAUUUGGACAGUUGUCUUCGUGGGAGGUUUCAAAAUAAAAGGGUUAUGUGUUCUUUCUGUACAA